UGUAUCGUCGUAAUCGUUGAUAAUUCACGUGAGUUUGUAGAGCUACGUACAUAUAUAGGGUCAGUAGCUGCAAUUACAUUGCAGUUAUCAUAUUAACUCCGUAGUCCUCGCUCGCAAUCUUUCUGAUUAGACCUCGUCCUAAACUCAAAUGGAGAAUGAGUCUAAGGCCAGUGCAUACAUACUUACAUCCUCCUAUGGUUUCAUCUCCCCACGAAGAGAGGAUGAUGGUGUCACUCACGCCAGCAGUCUAUUCGUCGUGGUCGCUGUAUUUUUAAUAACAGUGGAGGGAGGCGAUAUAAUACGCAAGAGUAUUGUUUUCGACAAGAACACGCCGGACGUGUUUUAUUGUCCUCAGCACAAGCCAACGGGAUUUGAAAAAAUGAUUGUUAAAGCUAAACCUUUAUGGAGGCUUUGUCAAUUCGAAGGUAAACCCAUUCCGGAAGAUUAUAAAAGUGACUGUUACAAUGACGUAGAUGAAUCGGAGUACGCUUGUAAGGAAAAAUACAGAAUUAUGAAACGAAUCAAAAAUGCAGAGGGAGACGCAAAACCCAUUGACAACGACUACAUCGAGAAAUAGAUGAAAAUGACGAUGCUGCACGGCCAAUCCACGCGCAAAUCCAUAAACACUAUAUAAAAGAAAAAAAAAAGAAAAAAAAAAAAAAGAAAACAAAAAAGAUACAAAACAACCCCCAAAUUUAUAUCUUACUAAUGCUCGGGCUGCGCUGUCGCAGGGCUCAAUAUGUGUACAGUAAUAUUGACUAGGAGGUGGCAGAAACACAUAUAACGUAUUUUCACCUAAUCAUUCAAUGGCCCGCUUCGCUUUUAUUCUUGUUCUUUUUUUUUUUAUAUAUAUAUAAAUAUAUAUAUAUAUAUAUUUUUUUUUUGUUUCUUUUUCUCCCAUUACAAAUUACGAUGUACUUGUAGGUAUUGACAAAAUGUAAUGUAUUAACGAUCAGUCAAAAAAACAAAUUUAAGAGAAAAGAAAUUUAAGUUGAAAACAUGAAAGAACAUAUACGCUUGUAAUAUAUAAGUAUGUUUUAUAUAUAUAUAUAUAUAUAUAUAUAUAUAUACAUAUAUAUAAAAAUAGAAAGUAACAUUUGUGUAAUUUAUAUUAUAAAAAGAGACGAUAUCUUUUACAAAUACAAUAAUACGAUUCUUACAAUCCGAGACUUGGAUAUAAACAUUUAAUAUAUUAUUUAUCAAGUUUUUAUAUCAUUCUUUUUAAAACUGUACGAAGAAUGACAGUGUAUCCUAUUCCUAAUAAUCCGAUUAGUUUGUAUUAUUGAAACAAAAGUAAAGAAAGAAAAAAGAAAAAAAAGGGAAAAACUUGUACCUUUUACAAUAUUAAUAAUAAAACUAACACUGAUAGAGAGCUUGGCAGUUAAUUAUUAACUCUAAGACCUAUGGUAUGGUUUUAGCCGCCUAACGCUGCUUAAUAUUUCAGUCAUAGAAAAAAAAGAUGAUAAUUAUGAAAAUUCUUCACAAAGAACUGUAAUAUUGUAAUAAUAAUGAUAGUUUCUUAACAAAUUCAUGUAUAUAUAAUAUUUGAAUUGUCUUCGGGAUAUUCUUUUUUUUUUUAUAAAUAAUAUUACUUUCUUACAAAAAAAAAAGAAAAAAAAAAAAAAAACAAAAAUAACAUACGAAAAAAAAAAGAUCUAAAAACAUUAAACCACUAGCCACUACGAUCUUGUUUUUACUGUAUAAAAAUAAACGACUUAAUGACACUUUUGUAAAUACAUAUAUAAUUAAAUCUU